AGAUCAUAAUGUCCCAAAGUGUAAACUGAAAGAAAUCUUUGAUGUUUAAAUUUUUUCACUUUCUGAUGAGUUGAAUGACUAUGUGGAAUACUUAAGUUUGUUUUCAUUUUUAUAUUGGAGCCUUAGCAAAGUAGAAAAAAAAUGUGCUCGAUUUUGCACACUUUUUCCUUAAGCGAGCGCACUGCAUGAUGGGACGUAAUACCGUUGUUAUUUUUCUUGGGCGCAUGCCUUUGAACGAGUGCUCGAGAGCGGGGAAAAAUCCAGUUUACAUAGCUUUCAUACUCAUCAAUGUCAACAUCGACCAUGUGAAUGGUCCUCAGUUAGACAUGGUUACGUUCCAUUGCCUGCUUGGCUAAAAGAUUUGAAAUUGAGCGAUGCCCAACAAGAGCAACGACAUGGACCUGAGCCUUACCGGUUCACAGAUUGCAUCUAUGAAAAGGCCCAGCUCAGCCGGCAACCGACCACCGUCUAGCAGUGGGAGCAGGCAGGGUGCCAGCAGUGGUCGUACCACCCCGAAGACAUCCAACCACACUCGGAGCAACAGCAGCACCGUGGCCGGGGAGAGCAGUGCAGGGUCGAGGAGACCUAGCCCCGGCAGAUAUCGACCAGAGAGGACCAACUCUACUGGUGGUAUUUCAAAUGGUCCUGCUGUGAAUUCAACACCUUCAAAUGAAAGGCACAAGAGAGCAUCGAGUCACAAUGCGCAACUGAGUCACCGCAGCAAUGCAAGCGAGAGUAGCAGUAGAGCGUCGGCACUCAGCCGAGAUGCCCCAAGUAGUGCCACAGACUUCCUGGCUCUCUUCGACUGUAGCCACCAACCUGUCAUCAAGAACCGAUCCAGCAAGCCCAAGAAGGCAUCAACGCGCAACCACUGGAACGAGCCGCCAUCAGGGAGGGCCUUUGCAAUACCCUCCAGCGCAAGAAGUAGCAGUACUAUUGACUCCUACACCCUUAACGGCGGAAGGCAGGACACAUCCCGCGAUACGUCCCGCCACAGCACCCCAACCCCCCUGCAACUCAACACCCACGCUGCCUUCCUCUCCAAGCAGGAGAACCAAACCUCCCCGGUCCCCGUGGAUGCGAUGGACCUGCUGAAGAACUCGAUGAACACUAACAACACCAACCUGGACUCCACACCCCCCUCCGGAGCCGGUGACGCCCGGCUGGUCAGCAGCUCAGAGAAGAAUUUCCGAGCCCCGAGCCCCCUGAAGCCGACCACCAACUCCAAUAGGCUCAUGGCCCAGCCAUCGACGCGGGCGAGCGACGCACAGAACAGUCUACGAACUCCGAGGAGAGACCAAGUACCCCCGUCGCCCACUCAUCCGAUCGCCGAGACCUACAUAGAGUCAGUGAACGAGGCAGCCUGUAAGAUCCAGAGGUGGUACCGAAAAAUCUCCAGCACCAGACGAAAGGAAGGUGAAGAGGAGAUCAGGAGGAUCCUGCACCAGAAGAGGCAGGAGCGGGAGGACUUGCUACGGCAACAGCAGCAGGAGAUGGCUACGGAGCUGAAGAAGGAAGACCAGAGAAAGAGGUCGAGGGAAGAGAAAGCUCGGCUGGCCAGACAGGCAGCCAUUGAGGAACUCCAGAAGAAACGAGAGGUGAGAGCCCGAGACAUCCGGGAGAAAGCCGAGGAGGAGCUACGCUUCUUACAGACCAGCGGUAAGGUCUCCAAGAAGCCCACCGCCAAGCCCCGGCAGCGCAGCUCCAGCAAUGCCAGCAAGAAGCAGAGCGACAAGCCCCCUUCUCCUGGAGUGGGGAACACCGGCUCAACCCCCAACGAGCCGGUGGGAGCAGUGGGAGGAGCAGUUGGUCCGCGGCCGGGAACAGCAAGCAGUGUGGGUCGGAAGGUGGAUGAAAUAUUUGAUGAGCCAUCGACGCACAGAACACAAGCAACAGGAGAAGAGCCGGCAGAAACACCAAGCAUAGCAGGCACCAAGACGACCCUAACUGACCUCCUAGACACCCUGAAGCUGUUGGAGGAACCAGUCAGGGUGCCUAGCCCCACUGAAAAUAAGAAGAAAGGACCUGCUUGGUUGGACAUCCUAGACGACAAAGAAGAAGACGAGGUUGAGGAGCUUCCCGGACUGUCAAGAGAGCAGGCAUCCCAGAGGCGGGAGGUCUACCUCUCAGCGGAGAACCUCCAGCAGGUGGCCGAGAGCACCAAGCCCAAGGUCUUGGGGCCCAAGCCCUCGGAAGCAGGGCCCAAGAUGGGGUCGCCCCACGCCCUGCUCACCGAGGACAAACUCAAGAGUAUCAUGUCUUUCCUGGACGAGGUCGACCAAGCAGACAGAGAGGAAGUAGUCAGUCAAGUCAUCCUGUCUCAUGACAUGGCCUCAGUGGCCGGCCAGUCUGCCCUCCUGGUCCCCUCGGCAGCCGAGCUCCACAAGCUGGAGCAGGCGUCGGCGGCUGCCUCGGAGGUGACCAACACGGUCCUGUCUCAGCGGCUGCAACUGGAGGAGAAGGAGCGGUCCGUCAAGAUGCUGCAGAAGGCCCUGAACCAGCAGCGAGAGCUGACAGUCCGCCAUGCCAAGGAGCAGGAGAAGGAAAUGAAGAAGAGAUUGAGUGUACAAAAGGAGGAAUAUGAGGCCACUGUCAAGAGACACCUGUCAUUCAUCGAUCAGUUGAUUGAUGACAAGAAAACUCUCAGCGAGAAGUACGACACAGUGGUCAAAGACUUGAAGGCGGUGGAUAAGAAAUAUCAGACUAAGAUGAAAGCCAUGGAGGACACGCACAAUGCUGAGCUGCAAAAAGUGAAGGACGUCCAGGCAGCGGCUGAGAAGAUCCGACGUGAGAAGUGGAUCGACGAGAAAACCAAGAAGAUCAAGGAAAUCACAGUUAAAGGCUUGGAGCCUGAGAUCCAGCGGCUCAUAGCCAGCCACAAGGCUGAGAUCAAGAAGCUGAAAGCCAUUCAUGAGGCGGAGCUACUGCAAGCAGAGGAGAGGGCGGGAGGGAAGUACGUCCGACACACGGAGGAGCUGAGAGACCAGCUGGCCGAGGAGAAGGAGGCAGCCUGUGCGAGGGAGCGGGAACUAGCCAAAACCAGGUACGAGAAGCAGUUGGAGCAGGAGGAGGCAGCCUACCAGCAGCAACGACGACGCCUCUACGCCGACAUCCAGGAGGAGAAGGAGCGGCUUGCUGAGCAGGCCAAGCGGCAGCGGCAGGAGGUGGACCGGCUGACCCUGCAGAUGGAGGAGAACAGCCGGAAGGCCCUGACUGCCAUGAAGGAGGAGUACGAACAGGCCAGGGACGAGCAGGAAUGCAGGCAUAGGGCUGAAGUGAAGGACUUAGAGGAGAGAUUGAAGAUUGAAAAGGAGGCGUGGGAAGAGAACUACAUGAAGAAACAGGAAACCUGGCUCCUGUCCAAGGAGCGGGAGCUGAAGGAGCACGUGCGUAAGGAUCGGGACAAGGAGAUUGAACUGGUCAUUACUCGACUGGAGGAGGAUGCGGCCACCGGCAGGGAGGAGUGCGAGAGAGCCGCCGAGAACAGGGUCAAGAGGAUACGAGACAAAUAUGAGGCGGAACUGAGGGAAAUCGAGCUGUCGGAACGAAACACUCAAGAGAGGUAUAACGAGAUGAAGGCCAGGCUAGCCGACGUAGAAGGGGAGAAUAUCAGAAUCAGUGGACUGAUGAAACAAAAAGAACAAGAGGUGAAAGAUAUCAAAAAGAUAUGCGACAGGCUGACCACCGAGCGGAACAACGUGCAGGACGUGAUCCGGCAGGAGUUUGCCGACCGCCUGGUGGCCACCGAGGAGGAGAACAAGCGGGUCAAGAACGAGAUGUCGGAGAUGCGGGCCAGGCACAAGCUGGAGCUGAGCCGCAUCCAGGAGAGCAAGGAGGAGGAGAUGGAGGAAGUCCACAAGAGGGUGAAGCAGGCCAUCGUCAAGAAAGAGGAGACGGUCAACCAGCUCAGGCAGCAGCACGCGGCAGCCGUCAAGCGGGCUGACCACCUGGAGUCGUUGCUGGAACAGCAGCGGAAACAGCUGCUCAAGAAGUGAAUCCGUGGCAACGGCCGAUCUGUCGCUGCUGCCAACCGCAGCCGGCAAAAUGCCACGGUUCUGCGCGAGGGUGUAGGAAAACGGAGACUUCUCUUGUAGUGUGUGUGAACAUGUUGGAUGUCUUACUGUGCUGUCCCGUACUUAGUGCCUUCUUUGAAUUUAGAUGUGUGUUGGAAACACUGCUGAAUCGAAAACAAAACCAUUUGAGAAUUUCUUUUGGGAGGUGUCCCAGUGAGGUCGGACCAGUUUUAGUGCCUUUUUGCCACUUCUGCAGCAUGUACCAGUCAUUUCACUCUUUUUUAAGACCUUGUAAGGUCAAAGGUCGUAUGCGUAAACGGGUUAUGAAGUGUUUCAUUUUGCACUGUGUCUGUGGUUAGUUGGCAGGGGGGAGAGUGAGCAGGUGAAUUUGAACGUCACUGUCAGCGUUGUUGUAGUGCCCCCUUAAAAUGAUCGCAAGACAACACAAGACCUCCAGUGUGAAUUCUCGUCACACGCAAUUCAAAAAUCUCUUGUCACGGCAACGCUUGAGACCCGACUUGUGAUGCGACUUACAAUUGGUCAGGUAACAACUCUGGGUUGACCUGUGCUUCUCAGAAUCUUCUCUUGAGCCAAAACCCCAGGCUUGUAUGCCGGUCCUAAAAUGUCGUAUCUCGGCCAAACGGCCAGAUUGCAGUCAGACAAGUUGUAUCAUGCAGUGCAGCGUCGCAGUCAAGUCCAUCACAAGUCCACCACAAGUCAUCCAGUCUUGAGGCAAGUGGCAAGCAAAAGCAUUCCUCGGCCAUUGUUCACCCUGUUACUCAAAGGCCAGUCCAUACUUGGUGAGAGAGAAAACACAAAUGCGUAUUUGUGACGUCAUACCAAAUAUUCGGGUUGCAAAUUUGUAAAAAAUGAGCGCAAAUCAAUUCAGAUGAAAUUUCGCUGCAAAUUUUUCAGGACGUCAUAUUCGCUUUGCUUUCGCAUUUGUGUGGAGUAUGAACCAGCCUUUAGGCUGGUCUUAAAAGAACUUGUGACUGGUCUUAUGCUGGACUCGACUACAAUUAAUAUGAUGUAUUACCUCACAGGUACUUGGUGUCCACAAUUGGUUGCUGAUCAAAAAAUCACCAUUUCUUGAUCCUCAUGUACUGCCAUGCUGCUCUUCCCCUUUGACACCCUCCCAGAUUCUUCAAGGGAACUCUCUAGAUUAUGCAGUGAUGGCGGCCAUUCAGACUACUUGAUUGAAGAAUUUGUCAGUUGAAAUACAUGUACUUACAGUGCUGUUGAGAGCCGCGUCUGUGAUAUUAGUCAAUUUUCUGUUGACUUGGGCAUUUUGUUUAUGUUUGCAAACGUGUUGGUUCACAUAUGUAAGUGGCCACUGCCAAAAAAGUAUGGGCAAUAUGUAAAUUGAUAGUUUUCUGAUACGUCCAUGGAAAUGAGUUAUUGAGGCAGUAUUAUUGCAUUCAAAGUGUAAUAUUUGAAUAUUAUCAAUCAAAAAUGUUUUUGUAGUUGCAAGUCAGAUUGGACGAUUCUUUGUGCAGAGAGAGGGCUUUCGUGUCCUCCUCCGGAGACCAUUUUCUAACUGCUUCGCAAGGAUUUGAGCCAAAAAUGAAAUACGUCAAGAUAUACUUGCGCCUGGUUACAAUUACAAUAGAACAGCAGCACAGCAUGCAGUAUGUAGUGCUCUUUUCUGCCAUGAUGACUUUCCCCAAGUCAGAUAUAAGAACGAUGUACACAGGUACUCAACACUGGGUUGUCACUCAAGAGUUUUCUCCAAAUCAUGACUGCCAUUACACCUGCGUUAACAAAUGUGUGUGUUGUAGCACCCCGUGUGGGGUGUUGUAACACCCCGUGUGGGGUGUUCUGAUCAUCUGGUCAGUGUGGGACUCUUUUACAGGGGUUCAAAAUGUUGAUUCCAGCUGCAAGGCUCUGUUGCGUGUUCUUAGGCAAGUCAUUUGACCUUGAGUUACAUGCAACUCCCUCCACCUUUAAGUGUUAAAACAUUACUUGCGUUACCUAGGGAGUUACGGGUAGUGACCUCUGAACUUUGUCACCAGAGGUUUGGAGAUGCAAAAAACGGGCCAAAGUUCAUCAGACUCUCAAUGAAAGUUGGUUUGAAAGAGCUCCAGCAAUACAUUGGCUCUUCCUGGAACUACCCUUAAAGUGAACUACCUCUCUCUUAGCUUGUAGUCUCAAUCUUUCCAAAGGCUCAAAUCCAAUUUAAUCGUUCUUUAUUUAUGCCCCAAAAAAGGAGCCAUAAGUGGCCAACCUGGUGAACCCUGGCACCUCAGACUUACCUUUUCUCUCAGCAGUUGAUAAGGCAUCUGUUCCUGGCAUAAGUGAUACAUUGCUUUCUCAAACUUCUAGAAUUGUAAAUGUUAUCACAUCUAAAUAUUUUCAUGGAGUAAUUGCUUUCUGAAUCCUGGUGUGAUUUGAUUUUUUUUUAAUAGACCUCUGCUGUAAAUAUGAAAGUUUCUCUGUUCUGUAGAAAGUGUGCUCAUAAAAUAAAUUAUAUUGUAAAUAUUAAUAGGCUUUGUGUCUUGUUCAGGAAUAAAGCAACAAGGGCAAUGUUACCCUUUUGAUGGGAAAGUG